CCACAAAACAACGCAUCCACUGGCAUCCCUCUACGCAUCCACAAGCAUGGUCAAUCACACAUCGGCCCACCCCGCCGUCUCUCGUCUGUUGGCACGGAUCGCCUCAUUGAGUGUCGGGAUGAGCCAUGCGUCGCUGCCCAUUCUCUGCCACGCUGCCCCCGCUGCCCGCGGACUGCCGGUGACACCCUUCCCAUCCCCCUGAGGCUCCUCGGUGCUCCAGAGGUGGAUGUGUGCUCCAGGCCAUAUCCCGGUGCUCAUGUAGAUAUGCGCCGCAAACGCGUCGCUGGCAUUCUCGCCAGAGAUGAUGACACAUCGAGAUGUGGUCCCACGGUUGAACAUGGUGCAGCCCCACGGUGGGGUCCAUUGGGUGACGAGCUGACGGAUUCGGGAGGCCGCAGCAGAACAUGACGGAUACUCGACACGUGCCACACAAUGCGACCCCUGGCCGAUCAUCCUGAAAGUGGUAAGGACAAACACGAUUGAAGGUGAGCCCUGGCUGCUGCUGUGGUGUGGUCUUCGCAUACUCAGCAGCCACCACGCUGCGAAAUGUCCCCGACAGAUGCUGAUCGUUAUCUGGGUCAUGAUGCUGACCUACACACAAGUAGUGCACAACGUGUAAAGGCCUGUGCUGGUUUUCCGUCUUAGCUCACAUGUGCGGCUGCAGCCAGGGUCGGCUGCAGAGGCGCUGUCCCCGACUCCGUAGUAUAGCACUAGCUUGUGGUUGCCGAGCCAGUAGUUGGGCCACGACGUGAGCUCCAUGGCCCUGCCGAGUCGACGGCUGAACAACGAAUACUGCCUCAUGCUCGCCGCCUGGCUCUCGAGGUCCAGGGAAAGCACAUCCCUCCAAUCGAGCUGGAUGGGCAGUGACUCGAGCCGGCCGCAGCGCAUCGCCAGGCAGAUCAGCCGCACGCUGCCCGCCCAGUCGCCGCCAUUCGCCAACGCCUCACGCAGACGGAUCAGCUGACGGGGACUGCUCGAUCUGAGCGGCUCAUAUGCGAUCACGCCCGUGAGGCCCUUCUGGUGGAUGAGGUCGUCGAUGGCUGACGUCAGUGCGGCCUUGUCCACGACCACGUCCAACUGCAGACAGAAACCAUGAAAAGGAUAUCGCUCACCCACAUACAGCUGUGGUGUCGCCCUGCAUUCGGUACGCUUUUGGCUGACCUGAUAGACCUCUAGUCUUCGUGCAAUGAAGCCCUGUUGCUCGUGAGUUCGUGGCAGUGGCCCGGGAAGCAUCUGGCUGAUACCGUGAAUAUCUGCCCACCCCCAGCACCAGAUGACCUCCAGAAGCGUCCACCUUCGCUCGGGCCCCACCUACGCUCGCACCAGUCAUCUCGAUGAAGGUUCCAGGUGCCGAUUGAGAUGUGUGGGGGCCCGCCAAGGUCCUGAGCUGGCCGUCGGUGUGGAAGGCUGUGACGUGGCCACUGUCUUCCAAGCUGUCUUCCUCCAUGACGAAGACGAGACCACAAGCCUUGCCCACCUGCUGCGGCAGCCUAUCACAAGACCAGCCGUGUGCAUCGCUUCUGAAAGAAUACAGACAGACACAAAGACGCGCAUUAGAGAGAGACGGAUGGAUUGAUGGAUGGCCCGCUGCUUGGGUGCCUCAUCUGCCUGUCUAUCUAUCUUGCCUCAUUCACUCACUCACGUGAAGAGGCGGCGCAGGUGGUAGUUGUGUUGGUAGGUGAUGGUGCGGGCGAGGGCGUCCAUGUCGUCACGGGAGAGUAUCUGUGGGUACGCCGUCGAGCAGGCCAUACACACCGCACUCGUACAGCAGGUCGUCCAUCUUGUCACUUGUGGUCGUCGGCGGGGCCACUCGGGUGCCGGCAGGGAGGACGCGAAGGCGACGGGCACAGUCCACGAUCCUGCAACACACGAACACGCACACAAUACACAGACAAAAGACAAAGGUGUCCGGAUGGUGUGUGUAUUGUGUUACUCGGUGAAGUGGUCCGCUGACUCAGCCGCUACUGGUCCACGAUACCUGAGGAGAACGAUCAAGGCAGACUCGAUCUCCCAGAGUGUGUGGGUCCGCGUGCCCCUCCUUACGUAUCGAAUCGGUUGCACAGCGCGGUGGUCGUGUUCUGCAGAGUCGACUGGGUGGUGCUGAUAACCCUGGUGGGCUGCCCAUUGGCCCCCGCCACUCGUACGGAGCUAAUCGACUCGGUACCGUCACUGGGCCGCAGGAAGGGAGCGAUCACCUGACACACACAUACACGCACACAUACACGCACACAUACACGCACUCUCACCCACACAUACAUGCAUUGACCUUCCCCUCCCCUCUGCCACUCUCACUUUGAUGCCGCGGAGUGUGCGAUAGUAGAGGGCCUUCUUGGCCGCCCUCUCACGCGACAGCUGAGCUUCCUUGGCGGCGAACUCCUCCACGAACGUCUGCAUGGCACCCAGGAGGCCGCUGAGGUGCGGCGGAAGCCACUGGGCCUGCACGGACGGCCGACGGGUGACGAGCUGGUUGUGUGCCGCCUCGACAUCUGGUGUAGGUGUAGGGGGCGAUAGCAAGAACUGAAUCCAAUCACAGGUGCCACCUGCUCACACACGCACACACACACAUGGAACAAGCACGAUGAUGCAGACCAAUGCAUGUGGUCGCGUCCCACCCCAGCCCAUCCCUGACCCCACUCACCGUUGUAGAGUCCGCUCGCUGCCUCCCGUUUUAGCAGCGCCACACCCGCCGCCCCGUCACGCACCUCGCUGAGAAUGGUCUCGAAGGCUCCCGGGUCCACAUCCAAGAACACCCGGUUGUCGUCGUCCCUCGCGAAGCGGCCGUCCCACCUGCCCGAGAACAACGAGGCCAUGACCGUGCCAGGCGCCAGUGUGAGGUGCCUUCUGGCGGCAGUGAGCGGCCGGCCGCCCACGUUGAGCUCCAGCAGGUCGUCGCCGGAGGCUGCCGACUCGUCAGACGCACCAUGAGAUCUCAGCAGCUCGUCCAGGUCGUAGGAAGCGGCGAUUUCUUUCUCAUCAGCUGCGAGGGCCUCGAAGGCUGCCUCGAUUUGCGUCUGAAAGCGGGCAGCGGCUUGCGGGGCGGUGAACAGAUCCAUAACUGCACUCACUGCAUGUCGGCCCAAGCAAC